CUCAUAAAUAGGAAGGCAAGCGAAGGGUUCAUUACUCUUUUGCUAAAUACCGCUAGAAAAUUUCAGGAAAAAAAAAGAAUGAGUAAGAAGAUGCUGAAUUUGGAAGAACAGUGUAAGAUAGUGAACUUGUUGAAAUCGUCAUCUGAGCAAAAAUCAAUCGAAGAAACAGUCACUGAAUUCUUCAGCAAUUCCAAGCUCCGUCAUUUCAAUGUCUGCUAUUCUCUUUCUCUUUUAUUGCAGGACAAAGUGAUGAUCUCUUCUACAGAACGAUUGGUUGCAUUUGCUAUUCUUCAUCGAAGCUAUUCCUCUCAGAAGUCUGCUGCAAAUCCAUUUAUUUCCUUUCUUGUAAACGCUGCAUUUGAUGAUGGGGCUGAAAAAUAUGAGAGGGCAUUUAUUCUCCAAUUGCUCAACUCUAGCAACUCCAACAGUAGUAAAGAGUUUCUUAAACAGUCUGCAUCAGAUUACAUCAAGAACUUUGAUCCUUCAUCCCAAAAUUUCCCACAAAGAGAGCAGUUACAGAAACAAUAUUUCGAGAGAGUCCAUCCAGAACCAUACAGUUGCCUAUUACAGAACAUUGCAGUUAAAAAUCUGUUGGCAGAUCCUGAUGUUCCUUGUGGUUAUGAUGCAAAUUCAGCUGAAUUGGAUUUACAACCUGGAGCCAAAUCUAAACUUGUAUCUGGGGACAGAGAUGAAGCCAUAAGUGGAUUGAUAGCGAAUUUGUCUUUGGAGGGGUUAUGUCCUCGUUGGAUCAGGCCUGUUCCACCUAGGUUCCCAGUGGAUGAGGAGUUAGUGUGGCUCAACCCUGAUAACAAUCAUGAGCUUCAAUGGGAUCAAGGGAUGUGUGCUGAUACUAGCAGAGGAGCAGCAGUGAGAGACUUAAUUGCAAAAGCUUUGAAGGGAGCACUUGCACCUAACCAACAAGAGCAAGUCGUAUUGGAGCUGACUAAUGACCCCAAGCUUGUCUACCACUGUGGAUUGACUCCAAGGAAGUUACCUGAAUUGGUGGAAAACAAUCCGCUUAUUGCUGUUGAUGUUCUGACGAGGUUAAUUAAUUCUCCUGAAAUCUCCGAGUAUUUUACAGUUCUUGUUAACAUGGACAUGAGUCUACACUCCAUGGAAGUUGUGAACAGGCUCACAACUGCAGUUGAACUUCCUAAGGAAUUUGUUCGUAUCUACAUAACUAAUUGCAUAGCAUCCUGCGAGAACAUAAAGGAUAAGUACAUGCAGAACAGACUCGUGCGACUUGUAUGUGUUUUCUUACAGAGUUUAAUCAGAAACAGAAUAAUUGAUGUUAAGGAUCUGUUUAUCGAAGUUCAAGCCUUCUGCAUUGAGUUUUCAAGGAUUCGAGAAGCGGCAGGUUUGUUUAGGCUUUUGAAAACUUUAGAAUAGAAUUAUUGGUUUUGAACUCUCCAUGACAAUAACCAAUCUUAAGAGUUGUAGAUAACAUUGUGGUGUUUUCGGAGGGAAUAAUGUAAGGUGGCAAUGACAAUUGUUAAGGACACUUAAACCGUGCCCUAUUUAAACAACCUUUUGCUUUACUAUUAUUAUAUAUUAUUAUUAUUAUUAUGACUA